AUGGUCGAUGCAGACCAAGUCGAGGACAUCGAUCAACUCAAGGCAGAAAGAGGUUCGAGGUUACUGGAUGAUGACGCUCAGAAGGCUAUGGCGAGGAGGGUGUUGUGGAAACUAGACACAAGAAUUCUACCCGUGCUCGCUCUUCUUUUCUUGUGUUCUUUCCUCGAUCGCACCAAUGUUGGCAAUGCCAAGAUCCUGGGCCUGGAGAAGAGCAUUGGCGUCAACGACCAUCAAUACGCUAGCGGACUCGCCAUCUUCUUCGCUUUCUACAUUGCCAGUGAACUACCUAGUAACUUGGUGCUGAAGAAGAUAUCGCCCCGUAUAUGGUUGCCAUGUCUAACCUUUGCGUGGGGCAUUGUUGGAAUGUGCCUUGGCUUCGUUCAGGAUUAUGCUGGAUUCCUUGUUGUACGUGCCUUCCUCGGUAUCACUGAGGGUGGUCUACUUCCCGGUAUGGUGCUGUAUCUAUCGAGUAUGUAUACGCGUGGAGAACUGGCACUCAGGAUUGGUCUUUUCUACACCACUGCAAGUUUGAGUGGCGCUUUCGGAGGCCUCCUUGCUCGAGGACUUUCCUCUAUCGGUGCUACUGCUGGCAUCGACGCAGGCUGGAGAUGGAUCAUGAUCGUCGAGGGACUACUGACAGCUGUAGUGGGAGCUUCAGCGUACUUCCUUCUUCCCAAUGAUGUGUCAACAGCAAGAUUCCUUACAGAGGAAGAGCGCGAGUUCGCUCUGUACCGCUUGAGCCGCGAUUAUUCAUAUGGUCUUCCUUCUCAGCGAACAACCGAGCCAGAACGCUUCUCCUGGUCUGAAGUUCGCCGUGGAGUACUUGACCCAUCGCUCUGGUUUUCGGCAUCUGCAUAUUUUGCAAUUCUCUGUGGUCUUUAUUCUUUCGGUCUUUUUCUUCCUACAAUCAUUACCGGCCUUGGCUACACUGCCAACGAAGCGCAGCUGUGGUCUGUUAUUCCAUACGCUGUUGCCUCGUGCCUGACAAUCGUUGCCGCCUUCUUGUCUGAUCGUCUCCGUCUUCGUGGGCCGAUCAUGCUUUGUACUCUUCCGCUAGCUAUCAUUGGAUACGCUGUGAUUGCAAAUGUCACCAAUCCUCAUGUCAAGUUUGGUAUGACAUUCAUGAUGGCAACGGGCUUGUACGCCAGUGUACCCCCUGUCCUGGUCUGGAUUUCCAACAACUCAGCCGGCCAUUACAAGAGAGCCACAGCUACCGGUCUCCAGCUCGCCAUCGCCAACUGCGGCGGAUUUGUUUCUGCCUUCACGUACAGCAAGGUUGAAAAACCGCAAUACCACAGGUCCCACACGAUUGUGCUUGGAUUGCUUGUCUUUGCGUGGUUCAUGGUACUCGCCAAUAUCUUGUGGUGUCACAAGGUCAAUAAAGAUAAGGCCGCCGGGAAAUACGACAAAUACAUCGGCUGCGGAGAUGAUCGAGAGCCGGAGUUCAAGCUGAUGUUGUAG